GCGGCGGUAGACAAAGGAGCAGACACCCCAAUAAUGAACGUCGACGUCGAUGUGGCUCAACAACACCUUCUGUGCGUUUGAAUGAACGUGCUGAGCUCUGAGCCGAGGCUCCGUGGUGCUGAAAGGACAGCUCCUCCGCUCUCUACCUUCAGCAGAUAUGUUCACCAGGAUGUUAAAACUGAGACUUCUCAAUGCUGUAGCACCUGCAUACUUCUUCAUGGCUACAGCAGUCACCUUCAUUUUGCACUUCUGCUUCUUCAUUCCAACAAUCUUCCCGAACCCGGACACAUCCGUGGGGGGGUCUACAACUCUUCACACAGUUGUUUUCCUUUUCUUGAUGUUCAACGCACUGGGAAAUUACAUAAUGACUAUUAAAUAUCCGGCUGAAAGCGCCAAUGAGACUGCAGUUCCAGUGUGUUCGCCACACUGCUCAGACAAAGUGGAUGCACACUACCUCCUAAACGGUCGCCACUUCUGCAAACUGUGUAAGAAAGUCAUUCUCAAGAGGGAUCACCACUGCUUUUUCACUGGAAACUGCAUUGGCAACAAAAACAUGCGCUACUUCCUCAUGUUCUGCAUCUACACAUCAUGCACUUGUUUGUACUCCUUGGUUCUUGGUGUGGCCUUUCUAACAGUGGAGUACUCCAUCUCCUUUGAGAACCCGCUGACCUUCCUGACUCUUCUCCCCCUCUCCACUGGUUACUUCUUCAUGGGAACAAUCUCAGGCUUACAGUUGUUCCUGGUGCUGAUGCUCUAUGUGUGGCUGGGCAUCGGCCUGGUCUGUGCUGGCUUCUGCUGCCAGCAGGUGCUGCUGGUGGCCCGGGGACAGACCUGGUGUCAGAUGCAGAGGGGGCAGCUCGUGGAGAACCGCAGCCCCUGGAGAACCAACCUUAAGGAUGUUUUUGGUACCCGCUGGAUCCUUGGCCUUAUCCUGCCUGUGCAGACAGUGGAGAUGUGUUCUGAAGACACAGAUGCACAUAAACAAGACUGAGUGAUAGCCACAUGUCAUAUCAAUAUGUCACAAGUUGUAGAAAAUGCUUUCUUGGGAUCCAUGUGGUGAUUGCUUUUAAAUACUAAAUGGAUGCUUUAUUACCUCUAAAGUAGUCCAUGAAAUAGUUAGCUGUUAGCAUACAUUCCUUUAAGGACAGGAGCCAUAUAUCAAUGUGAAACUUUUGAAUAAGUGCAUAGUGUAAGUGUAUCCUUUAAGUAAGUAGCUUUUGACAAGGCAAUACUAAGAUUAAUAAGUUAGUUGGUUGGGACAUCCAGCAGUUUUACAUGCACUACUAUAUGCUUGCAUCAAAAUAGAAAGAUGGCUUUGCAUAAGUGCAUGCAUUCACAGCUUUGCAUUUUUAUAUUAUGCUAUUGGUUUGAACUCCUGCGUCAUGCGGUGCUCUGAGAUAACCAGUCAAGUGUGUUCUUCCAUACUUCCUUGUACUGUAGGAUGCUACUAUGUGACAUUCAGGAAGCUUAUGGUAAUUUUUGCAACAAUAAUUUACUUUGAUGUUAAGGGCUAGCAGGCAAGGAAACUACAGUAGGCUAUGUGUCUACAGUGUAAACUGCCAGGCUUGACAACAUUGUUCUGACAAUAAACUGUUGAGCAGCAUGUUGAGCCUGAUGUUUUCUACUCAAAUGAAUGUGGCUCAAGACAGUUUGAUUAUAGUCCAGUAAUAUGCUCCUUUAUAAGAAUGGGUGGGGGAAAUGUGAAGAUGAUUACCAUAUUAUUAUCCAGGGUAUUAUUCACAAUGUGCCAUAAACUCAUGCUUACAAAUUACCCCAAAGAUAAGGUAUUCACUACACUGCUAAUGAUAGGGCCCUCUGUAUAGCAACAGUAAGCACUUUUCACUGUUAUGCUGUGGCUACAGCCAGACAUAUUCAUCAUCAAGUCAAAGAUGUUUUGGAUUUCAAUAAAUAUACUUUUUAGAGCUAUUUUGUCUAUUCCCGUUAUACCAAUAAAAGUAUUCAAAUCCCAA